AGCGGCUCGCCUGGCUGUCACUCGGUCAAAGGGAGUGAAGAAGUGAACUUAGUUCCCAGCAGGUCGCUGUGUGUUGGGACGAAGAUGCUGGUUAGGAAAUGGCAGCUAUGCUGUGCGCUGUCGUCCAGGCGGUGACUCGCUGACCGAUGCCUUCAUCAUGAUGGCGAGCUGCAGCGCCCUGGUGGUCGCCCUCCUGCUGUCGCAGGCCGGAGGCUUCCUGGGCCCCUCGGAGGAGGAGGAGGACGUCGACGGCGGCGUCCCCGACGAGUGGACGCUGCUCCAUGUGGUUCAGGGCCACAUCGGGGCGGGAAACUACAGCUACCUGCGCCUCAACCACGACGGGCGAAUCAUCCUGCACAUGCACAGCCUGAAGGGCGACGCCGACCUCUACGUGUCGGACAAAACCCUGCGGCCGAGCUUCGACACCUACAAGCUGCAGUCGGUGACCUGCGGGCGCGACGCGGUGGUGGUGCCCGAGGACUUCGCCAGGCCCGUGGGCAUCGGCAUCUACGGCCACCCGUCCCACAAGGAGAGCGAGUUCGAGAUGCGCGUCUUCUUCGACCAGACGGCCCCCCAGGAGCCGUUCGAUAAGGGCUCGUACAACUCUGAGGAAGGGCACGAGAAAAGGAAGGCCCCCCAGGCGCCAGAGGACGACUUCCAGGAGGAGGAGUCCAUCUUCUGGACAAUUCUAAUCGGACUUUUGAAGAUUGUGCUAGAGAUUUUGUUUUGAAAAUAGUUUACGCAAGGAGGUUCUUCUUUUUC